AUGGCUCCGAAGCGCAAAAGAAACGAUCGGGGUCCGAGCGAUGUUGGAACUUCACGGCCUUCCCCACAUCGGCCCUCGGAUACCACAUUGGGACAACACGAUCGAAGCUUCGAUGGAGGCCGUAACAGCCGUGGCGGUAGGAAUUCUCGGAGAGGAGAGCGUCGCGAUUCCUCCCAGUCUCAUGUCCUGAAUCCGUCACCCAACGGCCCCGGUCCCAGAUCGCCGCCGCUGCCGAGGCCAUCGAGCUCGUCGUCCUCGGUCCCCGUCCCCCCUCCAACAGUAACAGCAACACCGGCGCCGCCGUCGAUUCCAGCUACCCCAGCACCACCGCCUUCCCCCAUCCAGCCCUUCUACGAUUACAGCAUCGUUACCGAUGAUCGCGUGACCAGAUGGGCGAAGGGUGCACGGCAGGAAGUCAUCGAGCACGGCAUACAGUCGCGAAAGGAUGAGGACCUCACCGAAGUCGCUAUGAUAUUCCAGGAGCUCAUUCAUUCCGUCACCGACGCCCGGCUUGACGGCACCGAUGCCGGCGGAGUUGUUCAGGAGAUUCUAGGGCCUGACUUAUCUGAUGCGGAUCGCAAUGCUGCCGUGUUCGACCCUCAUACCCUAUUCCUCGACACUGUGUCUACGUUUAUGGACGUCGAAUCCGGCCCGCUCCGGCCGCAGCUGCACGACUUCAUGGUCGCAACCAACGUAUCGCCGGCCCUCAUGCGCAUCAUCCUGGACCCGCCAAUUCUUCAAUAUCUGGAUCUGAUUCGCGAAACCUUUUUCCGAAUGGGAGUUCGCCAGUCCACGAACCUGCUGUACCGCCAAGCAAAUUACAACCUAUUGCGUGAAGAAACUGAGGGCUUUGCAAAACUCGUUACCGAGCUGUUCACCACUAGUAGUGCCGAUCCGCCCAGAUCCGACGUCGUGCAGGCCACUUUCAACAAGGUUAUGGGCCUUAUUGGGACCUUUGACCUGCACCCUGGUCGCGUACUGGAUGUCAUUCUGGAUGUCUUCGCCGCCGUGCUGAUCAAACAGUUCCGGUUUUUUAUCAAGUUCUUACGCGUUAGCUCGUGGUGGCCACGCAGCCAAAUUAGUCUACCGAGCAAGCUAUUCAUCGGCGGCCUACCUAUAUGGGCUCUGCCCCAGCAUGACGAUUGGGCCGCCACCGCCGAAGAAGAGGUCGACCUCGCCCAGCAGCGGUUGGAACGGGACAUUGCGUUCUGGGAACGAGCCCGCAAGCUCAAGCUCGAUGCUUAUUUUGAGUUGGGCGGCAGGCAACUCGCCGCAUCCGAAGAGGAGCGCCUGGCAACGGGCACCACCGAAGGCGGUCCGGAAUCGAGCAUCGAGCAAGAUUGGAUCAAGAUCACGAAGACCCUGCCACCACCAGGCAACCGGGAUGCUGCCCAGAUGCUGGGUUUCAAGCUACGCUUCUAUACAUCCGAAGCUCGUGACCCCGAGGAUACCCUGCCCGCAAACCUACUCUAUCUCAUCUCACUGCUCAUCAAAGUCGGGUUCAUCUCGCUAACUGACCUCUGGAAUCAUGUAUGGCCGCUGGACGAAGACAUGGAGGGCGUCAAGGUCCGAAAGAUGAAAGAACUCGAGGAUAAAGCAAAAGCGAGUCGACCGGGCCUCGGAACCGAACGGAGGGGAAAGCCCGAGUUGCGCGAGCCUGAUGACCAGAAAGUCCUUUUACUCAAGUGCCUCCUCACCAUUGGCGCUAUUCCCGAAUUCGCUUUUCAUCAUCGGGCGGGCACGAUUGGAUCCUACGAGCAUUUCCCGACCUCAUCCCGCUUCUUUCACCGCAUUCUCCACCAUUCCGUCGAGGCCGUCUUCCAAAAGAGCUGCCCGACGCCCUCGGUUACGGCCGAAUGUCCCGGCAAAAAGCAGCUGGAUCCCGACCAGUCAGGCGCACCCAAAGGACACUUGAAGCUCAAGACACCGGCCCCCAAACGCGCGCUGAGAUGGCCGAACGCAGACCAGAACGAUGCUAAAGAUGGGCCUUCCUACCGCUUUUACUGGGAUGAGUGGGCCGACAACGUCCCAGUUUGCCAGACCGUGGACGACAUUUUUACCCUCUGCGACUCGUUCCUCAACAUCAUUGGCGUAAAUAUCGGCCUGGACGCCGCUCUGGUUGCAAAAAUUGCCCGAAUCGGCAAUAAGAACCUUCACGAUGAUCCAUCACCCGACAAUGCGGGGCGUUGGCUCAACUUGCUCAAGCGCCUGCUGGUGCCGUCCUUGAGCAUGGGCGACCCCAACUCGUCGGCCGUCGACAGUGUAUGGACCCUCCUCAAACAGUACCCUGUCCGCGACCGGUUCAACGUCUACGCUGAGUGGUACGAGGGGCCUACCUCUCGACUUGAGCCCGUGCAAAGGGCCUUCGCUCAGACAAGGCUGCAUACCCUUAGCAAGAUGAAGCGGCUGUCGCACAGCAACAUCAUCCAGAUGGCCAAGGACCUCGCAAAGAUUGCCUACCCGUCGCCCGGCAUCGUUUGCAAGGUUGCCCUGCAACAGAUCGAAUCGUACGAUAAUCUGAUCGAGGCCUUCGUCGAAUGCGCCAAGUACUUCACCGAUCUAGGAUACGAUGUCCUUGUCUGGUCCGUAUUGAGCUCUCUUGCCGGCCAGGAGAGGAGCCGCACUCAGGCGACCUCAGUAUUGCUCACAAGCAAGUGGCUUCAAGCGCUCUCGCGCUUCUCUGGGAAAGUGUUUCAGCGCUAUUCCAACAUGGACCCAUUGCCUAUUCUCCGCUACGUUCACAGCCAGCUUUUGCAGGGCAACUCGACUGACCUGCUCAUCUUGGAAGAGCUGAUUGAGUCCAUGGGGGGCAUCGUCUCUGGGUUUGAUUUUACCGAUGCCCAGCUGCGUGGCAUGACCGGUGGGGAACUACUUCGCCGCCAGACGCUUGUCAACCUCGGUGAUAAGCGGGAACUGGCAGUACGGAGCGCACAGCGUCUUAUGAAGGCCUUGUCGCAAUCAAACCUGGCGGGGCAGCUUCUCAUCAAUAUCGCCCAAUAUCGACAGAACGCGAUCUAUCAGAUCACGGAUGGGAACGCGGUCAUCAAAUACCUCUCCACCCUUGUUGACGGCGCCCAUAAGGUUCUCUGCCGGUACCUUGACCUGCUCCUCAGCAAUUUAGAUCCCGACACUUUCAACAGCUUGGUGCCCGACGUCAUCCAGCUCAUGCAGGAUUACGGCCUCGACGCUAAUCUUGCUUUCAUGAUUCGGCGGAACAGCAUUCGUUGGGACACGAAGGCCCUCCCCUCUGCCAAAGACGGGCCGCCGCAACCUGCCAAGACCACAACAGACAUCGACGGCGACGUCGCCAUGGAGACGGUGACGGUUGACGGUGCAUCAGCCCAGACUGACGCCAACGACACAGAUGCCAGGGAUGGCAGCAGCCCGCCACCAAAAACACCAAACAGCCGUUUGCCAGAAUCGCUUUCCGACGCUCUUGCGCCGCUUAUCGACGGGAUUCCCCAGGUUUUGCCCCAGCAGUCGUGGCGGUACAUCUCGCCAGCAUGCUACGUGUUCUUCUGGUCCCUGCAUCUGGGAAAUCUGGUCUGGCCUCAGGACAGCUACGAAGCCGAGAACAAAAGGCUCAAGGCACAGGUGGCAGAAUUAUCGGCCACCGACCGGUCGGACACCCCUCGUUCGAUUGCCACCAAGAAACGGAAACGCGAAGACGUCAUGGAUCAGCAACAGCGCCUCGUCCAAGAGAUGAAGGAUGGGAUUGAACGAUUUCAGAAAACCAAACUUCACAUCGGCAGGCAGACCAACGGCUGGUUCCCUGCGGGUAUCCAAGAUCCCAACGCGACGUCGGAUACGCUGCUCGAAGAAUGCAUCUUGCCUCGUUUGCAAGUCUCGCCCGUGGAUGCGGACUAUUGUUUCAGGCUGAUCAAAUUCUUGCACGAGAAUCCGAAGUCGAACUUCAAGCUCAUGCCGCUUUACGACCGGCUGUUCAACCACAAUCGCCUCCGUGCCCUGAUCUUUGCCUGUACCGUCCGCGAGGCAGAGCAUCUGGCCCGCUUCCUCAAGUUUAUCCUCAGCGACCUUUCUAAGUGGCACAGCAGCAAGACUGCCUACGAGAAGGAGGCGUUGGGUCUGAGAGAACUUCAGGGCGCUAAGACUAGGGAAUACAUCGGCUUUGCUACGGCCUUUGACGACAAGGGCAAGCCGACCGAGUUUACCGAGCAUGAUGCCUUUAAGGAAAUCCUGUUCCGCUGGCACAAGGAGCUCAACACCGCUCUGCGAUCAUGCCUUAACGGUCUGGAAUGGAUGCAUAUCCGGAAUGCAAUCAGCAUCCUCAAGGGUGUCAUCGAUUUCUUCCCGGCCAUCAAUUUCAUGGCGGACAAGUUCCUGGAGCAGCUCAACACCAUUAAGGAUCGUGAGUCGGCAAACCCCAACGCCCCCGAGUCCACCCAAGGGCACCGCGUCGACCUGUCCGUGACAGCGCAGACCACAUACUCUGAAUUGGCGAGGAGAAAGUCCAAAUGGGUCCUAGUCCAAGCUUUCCGACCGGGCGCUGUAAGUACUUUUGCUAAGACUCCGAGGGCGAUAGACGCUAACCGUCCACAGAAGAGCGACGGCAAAGACGAGAAAGGAUCCGCAGUGCCAACCACCUCAUCCCUUCGAGGUUCAGCGGCAACAUUCAGGUCUGGUAGCGCCCGUCCACCCCAUCCCUCCGAGGUUGAAGAUGGAGAGGUCGACGAAAAGAAGGCUGGGAAGGCGGGUGCAAGAGUGAACGGGCCGAGCCUGUCGCGGCCGUUACCGGCCAGGGAACCGCCAAGGGACGCUCCGGCCCCAAGGACAAGCUCGGCGGCCCCCAAUCCCGGCAGGCCUAUCACUCCAAAGCCUCUCUCAACGCCGCACGCCGCCAAUCGACAAGAACCGCCACCCAGGUUCUCGACCCUCCCACCUGGUGGACCCGGCCUUCCAAGCAGGCCAGAUCUGCCCAGCAGGCCUGAUGUACCAGGAUCCAGGUUUGGUCCGCCUCGGAAUGACAGGAGAGACAUCCCUUCGAGAGACGCUCGGGACUAUCGGGACGGCCGGGAGCCAAGGGAUCAACAUCAACGGGAUGCUCGUGAUCUCCAAGCUGCUCAGGACAGAGACUACCGCACACCGGAAGGGCCACGCCCAGAGCGCCCCGCUCGCGACAUCCCAGCAUCCGAUAGGCGUGCGCCUGACGCUGGACAGCGUGAACCAGGUCCGCGAGCUGCUGGCCGCGAUGCUGGCCGUGAACCCAACCGACUUCCUGACCGAGGGCGAACAGAGAUGCCGCCGCGUCGACACGACCAUGCGCUGCCCGGCGAUCGAGACAGCCGCCCUGAUAGCCGCCCGCCGCCACGGGAGAGGGGAGUUCCUCACGGCCCGAACCGAUCCGACUCGAGGCCUGCAAGAGAGCCUGCUGCCCCCACCCCGUCGGCGCCCGCCAUGCAAAAUACGGUUCAGGGGCCAUUGAUCAACCCGGAGCGCGCUCGAAUUAUCGAUGUUGAGCGACCAGAAAUGGUCAAUCCAGCCAGGGCUGCUCUCAUCAACGACACACGGGAACCCCCAACCCGUCCCUCGCCGAGAGACCCGCCCCGCGAACGCCCCCCGCGGACGGAAUCGCCAAGACGAUCCGAUCGCACGAUAGCUGACGCCCCUCAGCAGGACAAUACCCGUGACGAUCGCCAUAGCCGGCAUCGCCAUUCCCCCCGUCCCGAAACCCCGCGGGACGCGCACAGGGAAACUGCAGCUCCAUCUUCACGGCCGGACCGGGUUGCGGAGCGCGAGGAAAGGAAGGCCGGCCCUAGAGACUCCUACGCCGGCCAAUCCCGCUCGGAUCACGACCAUGGGAGACUUAACCAGCAGGACCCUAAUUAUGGCCGGCUGAACCCCAUCCAGUCCGUUGCCGAUAUGCCAGUGGGUGCGCCCUCGGGUCCUCGAGGCCGGGGUGGCCGGUCUUCUGGCAGAAACGGCCCUGCCAACGGGCCACCGAUGCGGUCAGACAAUAGGUUCCCCGCUCUUGAGCCUAUUCGUCCACCCACUCCCGAGCGCCACCCGCCAACCGGGCCCUCCGCUUCGCGUCCUCGUCGAGGACAGUAUGACGGCGCCAAUUUGAACUCUCCAACAUCAGCCGCCCCCCCUUCGGUGGGAGUGCACCCGGAUAGGGUCCGUCAAAUCAACCAAAUGCCGGCCCCUCCGCCGCCGCCCCCUCCCCCGACAGCACCUUCGGGGUCGUCGGGGCCAUCAGGCGUUCAUCCGGAUCGUCUAAACCAGAUUUCUGCGCAGCCACCUGGGCAUGGCUCGCAAGCCCGGCCCCCGAUGCACACCCCGGACCGUUCAUCGAUGCCGGCGCCUAACUUGGUAACACGAUCAGCGCCGUCCGGCCCUAGUGCGGAUUUCUCAUCGGCCCCUACCGGCCCUGCCGCUGCUGGCGACAGGAUGAGACCAGGCGGUCGACAACUCCGGGGCAUCCAAAGCAUGCUUGACAAAGCCUCUGCCGACAACGCGCGCGGCCCAGGCCUACGCACGUCUCGAUCGCGACCUAACCUAGCGGGUUCGGAUGCCCAAAUACUAGUUGGCGCCUCACCUGUAGGUACACCCGUUCACGAACGGCCACUUGAGUCAUUCCGAGAUUCAUCUCGCCGUGAGAGCAUCGACCGUACGCCGCGCGGAGCCGAACCGAUCCAGAUCGCUAGCGACACCCGCGACGCUCGCGAUGCUCGUGACACCCGCGAUGCUCGUGACGCCCGCGAUGCUCGUGACGCCCGCGACAGCCGAGACACCAGCAACCGGGGCCCUAUGAAUGGCGACGACUAUGGUUCCAGCCGCAGCGAGCACGACCGUAGCCGUCGCGAGCAUCACAGAUCGGAGCGCAGCACUCGCGCUUCUGGGCGCAGCAGCCGGGAGCGUACCCCGGAUCGAGAACGUGGCGACGCCAAGGAUCCCCGGGAUCACAGAGAUCGGGAUAGGAGGUCAUCUAAUGUGCCGGGAAGCAGCACCCGCGACGAGAGGGAUGCCCGUCGGUCAAUGCGGGAGUCGACGGGCGGUGGCCGAGAACCGAUGCCUGGCGGUGGGAGAGAUCUCGCACCGCCGCGCGAGUCGAGUUCUCAUCGUGGCCAUCGUGGGGAGGGUCCUCCUGGGCCGAGGGGUGACGGGCCACCGGGUGGAGGCAGGGGCGAUGGAAGCAGAGGGGAGGAUUAUGGGCGGAGUGGGACUUCGAGGGGCAAUGCGCCGCCUCGAGAAUCGCGGUCGUCGAGAUUGGGUGAUGAGCGUGGAGAUCCACGUGGCGAUGAAAGGGCUCGGAAACGCAGAAGCGAGGGUGUAGAUGCGGGGAGUGGAAGCCAUCAAGAUAAGCGACAGCGGCGCUUGUAA